AAGCGCGCCCGAAAAUCCAACAGCCAUUAAACGCCAAACUAACCUGAUGGGACUCACGUGUUGACUGUCGGAUUAACGACUGUCAGGUUACAGCUUUUAUGUUAAAGCUACAAAAUGAAAGCGCUGCCAUAACCUCGGGCCUGUUUGAGUUGUCAAACUAUUUUAAAAGUGGAGCCAGUGGCCAGCUGGUGAGGCCAAAGCGGGUUUGUGUGACCAAACUGAUGACUUCGCUUGCCAGUAAAAUUGGCUAAUUUACCGUUAAUAAGCUAACGUUAAAUUCAAAAACAGCAAGAUAUAUUUAAACGGGCAGCACUGUCUUUAGCUCCUGACUCCUGACACUUACAAUGAAGGAGAUAAUGAAGUGUGUGAGCCACCAGCAGGCCAGCCUGCUGUUCCACAACAAGUUCAUUGUGGUGCUGGGAGACUCCAUUCAGCGGUCAGUGUACAAAGACCUUGUUCUGCUGUUGCAGAAGGAGAAAUAUCUCACCUUAAAACAACUGAAGACCAAGGGUGAGAUGAGCUUUGAACAGGACUGCCUGGUAGAAGGGGGUCGUCUGAACCAAAUGCACAAUGGAACGGAGUACCGGGAGGUCCGGCAGUUUCGGUCCGCCCACCACUUGGUCCGUUUCUAUUUUGUGACGCGCAUCUACUCACGCUAUAUGCAGAGCAUCCUAGAUGACUUCCGGCAUGGGUUAAAACCAGAUGUGGUCAUUGCCAACUCCUGUGUUUGGGAUAUUUCCAGAUACACUUCCUGUUGGAUCGAUGACUACAAGGAGAACCUUUAUAGGUUCUUUGACGAGCUGAGUGGGAUUCUGCCAGAGGAAUCCCUGUUCAUAUGGAACCUCACCAUGCCCCUGGGAGAGAGGAUCAAAGGUGGUUUCCUGGUCCCUGAGAUUCAAUACAAGGCUCCUCAGCUGCGUUACGAUGUGAUUGAAGCCAACUUCUACAGCGGGGCUCUGGCUAAUGGCUAUGGGAUGGACGUGUUGGACCUCCACUUCCAGUUCCGCUUCUCCCUGCAGCACCGCACGCAGGACGGAGUCCACUGGAACGCCCUCGCCCACCGCAGGAUAACCUCCCUGCUGUCACAACAUGCUGCGCAGGCCUGGGGUGUGUCCUGUCCUCUGGCUACUGUUGAGCAUGCUGUUACUGAUCAGCAGCCAGCCUGUGGAAAUUCUACCAGACACACAGGACUGUUUCAAGCACAGGCUGCCACCGACUAUCACUACCCUCCUCCUAGCAACUAUUUCUCCAUCACAGAGUGGCACCCAACAAAGGGACAUUACAGCGGCUACAGGGAGGAGUUCUGUAGUGAUUCCCUCCCUUUAAGCUACUUGGACUUUGAGAAGAACCCACAGCCACAGGCACAUCGGCAUGAAACCGUAAGAGCUUGCAGACCUUCAGUCCAGACACAGCCUCAUCUACCAGCCCAGAGACAUCAAGAUAAACAUGGAAAUAGAAAUAGAAAUGGUUUCAGCUACAAGCCUUCCCGCCACUUCGAGCCCUACAACGUACCCCAUCAGUACGUGAUGAGGAGCCGACACACCAGACACCACUAUACUCCGUACACCCAUCACAGACCCAGUCAACACGCCCGUCAUGGCCACUACUACUAAGGCAGAGGUGUCUGACACGAUUCUGACCUGAUCAGUGUCCACUUGUGUUAUCAGCUCUUAUCUUUUGCCUCAUCUAUGGGUAUAUUGUUUUAUUUUACAACAGUCCUUUGUGUUAGAACCAUACAGCUUGUAACCACAAGUCCAUCAACCUAGUUGAACUUUUAGAUUUUAUUUGUCAUCAAUGUGUUCAGACAUGCUCCACACAUAGUGGUUCUUUUCUUAUAUUGUAAAUUAACUCCCUGAACUAUAAGUACUCUUAGUACUUAUAGUUCUUUAAAUUCUCAGUUUGUUCUUUUGUUACCAAAAGUAGAUUUUUAAUAUAUUUUUUUUCCAUUUGAAAGCAUUUUUUAUUCUGCACUUUAAAUGUAUCAGGUGCUGCGUUAAAAUAAAGUUAAUGCUUGGAUUUCAA